AUGAUCCAAAACCUUGAUGAAAAAUACAAUAUCGAUAAAAUUGCAUCUAUAAUUGGGAUAAAUUCAAAUGAUAUUGUUCCUCAUGUGCAAACAUUAAAAUAUAACUCUGAUGAUUCUAUUAAAUUAAUUGAACUAGAUGCAAAUUUAAUGAGGGCAAUUCAAGAUGGUCAAAAUUUAGUAAUAAGAGGAGAGUAUGAAGAUAGUUUAAUUUUAUGUACAGAUAAUAAAACUUUUGAACUUAAAGAAGCUGAAACAACAAAUUCACUACUAAUAAUUUCAAAUGGUUUAGCCAAUGAAGAAUUGUUGACCAAUCCUCCACUUGAAAAUAAUUUGAAAAUUGAACAUCUAACUCACAACUAUAUAGAGCCUUGCUUGAUUAAGCCAAACUUUUUAAAAUUAAAAGAAUCCCUCGAGCCAACAGCUUAUAGAGGUCCCACUUAUGAAAUUGAAUUAAUUGAUUUUUUUAAAUAUUCAAUGAAAGAUUUAAAAAACUUUAUACAAGCAAGUGAUCAAGAAAUACUUAAAGCACUAUAUGAAUUAAAUGCAACAAUAAUCAAUGGUUUUUACAGAAUCAUAGAAAACACUUAUUUUAAUCAAAUAGUGAAUCAUAUAUUGUCAUUAAUUGAAGAAAAUUCAUGGUCAUAUAAGAAUGUAUAUUUAAAUGAAACAUUAUAUACAUUAGAAGAGUUAUUUCCAAGGGAAGUUGUAGAAUUUGUUUUUAAAUCUAUGAUGAAAAAACUUUUAACCACUAAUCCCAGUAACAUAAUUAAUAGUAAUGAUGAUGUCUAUGAAUUAGAUGAAAUAAAGAUUUGCAGGUUUUUUGCUGAAGAUAUAUUGAAAAAUACCAUUAAAUUUGACUUCAAAGAUUUUUUAAAUAUUUGGAAAUUAAGCGUCCCCAAAGGUAUUAAGACUCACAUGACUUAUUUAGAAGGUUUAGCCAUUGUCUUGAUCGAAAAUAACAAAAAGAUUAUAAAAUUUUUACCGGAAGCAUCUUUGCCUCAAAAUACGAAAGAAAGACUGAAUUCAUUGUUUAAAAUCAAAGAAAAAUGGAGCUUAACAGAGUUAAAAAUGUAUUUUAAAGGAUUUUUGGAAAAUAUCUCAGACAACGAGAAUCCUAGUAAAAGCGAUGAUAAUUCUAUUUUAGGGACUCUUUUAAAUAAAUUUGCCCGUAAAAUUAUUAUGCCGAACACUGGAGAUGAUUCAAAUGAUAAAGUGUAUUAUUGUUCGAAAUAUUAA